GUUCGUCGUUCCUCCCACCACAAGCUUCGAGGCCAAUCCAUGGCUUCCGUGUGUUCCGCAAUGGCGGAAAGCCGCUGACGCUAAAACUACCGUCGCUGCCAGCGGUGCCCGCAGAGCACUGCCUCUCCGCACAGCAAAUCCAACACAUGCAGCAGCAGCGGCAGCACCAGCAACAGCAGCAACAGCGGCAACAGCAAUGACAUCAGCGGGAACCAGCUCGUCACCCACGCCAACCCAGCCACUUUCUGAAGACACAGCGGGAUCGUCAGCGGCACGUAGAUUGGGAGUCAUCAAGAGAGCGAAUAUUGCCGACCUGCACUCGAAGAACUUCGUUCAGAAAGUGCAGUGCAUGCGCCCGACGGACUGGCGGGGGGUGCUUCGCGAGCUGCAGAUCGCCGAGGAAGCCUCCGACGCCCAGCCAUCUGAGUCCAGAAUCACGACGUUCAUGUACGCCAGCUGCAUCUCGCGGAUGGCCAAGGCGCGGAGAUGGGAAGAGGCGCUAGACAUCUUGCAGAGGAUGAGAGCGCGAGGUUUGCAGCCCAACUCCUACUGCGUGAGCUCGGCGAUCAAGGCGUGCGGGUCGAAGAAGCGGUGGAGGGAGGCGCUGGAGCUCCUGGAGCGCCGGCGGGAGGACCUCGGGGAAGGGAGCCCUGUCGACGAGUACUCGUUGAGCGCGGCGAUCUACGCCUGCGGCAACUCGGGGGAGACAGGCAAGGUGCUGGAGCUGCUGGAAGAGUUGAAGGUCGGCGGAAAGACGCCUCACCCGUUCUCCUAUACCGCGGCCAUCUCGGCCUGCGGGGACAGCGGGAUGGGGGACAAGGUGAUGCAGCUCUUCGAGGACAUGAGGCAGGCCAGGGUGCGCACCGACGGCUUCAUCGACGUGUACUGCGUGAAGACCACCAUCACGGCCCUCGCCAAGAGCGGCAAGUGGAAGCAGGCGCUCAAGAUUUACCUCGAGAUGCUGGACGCCCUGCCCGCCAACAGCGACGCGCCCGAGGCCAACCUCAACCUCGACGCCUUGCGCGAUGCCAGCCUCGCGUGCGGGCGCGCGGGGGACUGGAAGGCCUCGCUCAAGCUGCUGGACGAAAUGCGCGCCGUGGCGAUCACCCCCGAGAGCGGGUGCUACAAGGCCGCCAUGCAGUCCUGCGUCCGCAACAAGCAGUGGGAGAGGGCCACAAGCCUGAUCGACGAGAUGACUCUCACGUACGGGAUGGUGCCCGACCUGGAAACCUACCAGGUGGCCAUCAGCGCCGCGGGGUGCGCCUCGCUGUGGCCCAAGGCCACCAAGAUGCUGCGCCAGAUGCGGCAGAACGGGCUGCAGCCAGACCCCAAGACCUACAGCGCGGUCAUCACCGCUUCCGGCAAGGCCAAGAAGUGGGAGGAGUCCCUCCGGCUGCUCGACGACAUGCGGGAGGUCGGGGUGGAACCAAACUGCCACAACUUUAACGCGGCGAUAGCGUCCUGUGGGGUUGCCCGCCAGUGGCAGCGCGCCGUUGGGCUCCUGGGCGAGAUGAAGGGUGGCGGGCUCGAGCUGGGUCUCUCCUCGUACAACGCUGCCAUCUUGGCGUGCGCUACUUCUGCGCGCGGGGUUGAGGCGUCGGCGCUCCUGGGGGAGAUGCGAGCGGCAGGGGUGGAACCUAACGCGGCCACCUACCUUCCCGUGAUCACGGCCUGCGGGAAGGCCGGCAUGUGGGAGCAGUCCUUGGUGCACCUGCGCGAGAUGACCGCGCAGGGGCUAGCCCCAAACAGCCCCAUCUACACCGCCGUCAUCACCGCCUGCGGCCACGCCAAGGAGUGGGAGAAGGCGCUCGAGAUCCUCGCGGAGAUGCCGGCCGCCGGCGUCAAGGCCAGCGUCUACCACUACAACACGGCGCUAGACGCCUGCGACAGAGCGGCGCAGGGCGAAGCAGCCGUGGUGCUUCUGCACGAUAUGGACGGACCUCCCGGAGUGAGCCCCAACCCGAGUAGCUACCAGUCCGCGAUGUCGGCCUGCGGUUCCGAGGGCCGGGUCGAUCUAGCUCUGGAGUUGCUGGAGGAGGUCAAGGCGGCAAGCACGACGAGGCCGGAGCUGGCUCCCUCCAGCAAGCUGUACGCGUCGGCGCUCCAAGCGUGCGUCAGCUCCCCCCCCGACGGGUCGAACGCGCGGAAGGCCAAGGAGCUGCUCGAGGAAGCGCGGGGGGCGGGAAUCGCGCUGAACUGGCGCUCGUACAAUUGUGCCAUCAUUGCGGCGGCGAAGGCGGGGGAGGUCGACGAAGCGCUUGCCAGGCUGGCCGAGAUGAAGGACGCCGGCUUGACACCGAACGUGAUGAGCUACAGCUGGAUCCUCCCCGCGCUCGCGAGCCGGGAGCUGUGGGAAGAGAGCCUGGCGCUCGUCGAGGAGAUUAAGGGGUACGGGCUGCUGCGCACCCCGUUCGCGUACUCGGUCGUCGUUGCGGCCCACUCCGCCGCCGGCAGGUGGGAGGAGGUCUGCGGCGUGCUCGAGGACAUGAUUGCGGCGGGGGUGGCCAUGAAGGCCGGCGUCGCGGGGAAAGUUGCUUCCGAGACGAUGACCGGUCGGGAAGGGGCGGAGAGGGCGCUGGAGCUGCUGGAGAGGGGAGUGGAGGCACCUGGCUCUGAUGCAAGCGCGGCGUCGGCAUGA